GGUGGCUAGCUUCUUUUUUUUUCUCUGAGGGGUGGUGGCCGCUGUUUUGCUUCAUAGCGUCCGAUCAGACCACGAAAGCAUGGGAAUGUUGCAAGGGGAUUUCUGAGUGAACUUGUGUUAAAGUGCUAGAUAAGUUACUCUAACUUCCUCACAAGCUCUUUCACACCGCAGGAGCUCCGCUGUACCACCGAAGGCCGGUAGCAAAGCGCUGUUUGGACGUUUCUCCGGCGAGCAAUCCCGGACAAAGGAAAGAGACUUGUGAGCUAACGUUAGCUGCGGGCUAACUUAGCAUUCCUCUAGUUGCGGCGCAAUGCAGGCCAUAAAGUGUGUCGUUGUCGGAGAUGGAGCUGUGGGUAAGACCUGCUUGCUCAUCAGCUACACCACCAAUGCCUUCCCAGGAGAGUACAUCCCCACAGUGUUCGACAACUACUCUGCCAAUGUUAUGGUAGAUGGGAAGCCGGUGAACCUGGGCCUUUGGGAUACAGCAGGACAAGAAGAUUACGACAGACUCCGCCCACUUUCCUACCCACAGACGGACGUGUUUCUAAUCUGCUUUUCGCUUGUGAGUCCUGCCUCAUUCGAAAACGUCCGUGCCAAGUGGUACCCCGAGGUGAGACACCAUUGUCCCAACACUCCCAUCAUCCUGGUGGGGACCAAGCUGGAUCUGAGAGAUGAUAAGGACACCAUAGAGAAGCUGAAGGAGAAGAAACUCGCUCCAAUUACAUAUCCCCAAGGACUGGCGAUGGCCAAAGAGAUCGGCUCUGUCAAGUACCUGGAGUGCUCAGCCCUGACUCAGCGUGGCCUUAAAACUGUGUUCGACGAGGCCAUCCGGGCCGUCCUCUGCCCUCCCCCCGUCAAGAAGAAGGGCAGGAAGUGCUCUCUCCUCUAAGACUUCCUCCACUGGAACGGUUACAGGGGAACAUGGCCGCUAGUGGUGAGGGCUGGCAAAAGACACAGUAUACACAUCAAAACAAUGUACUUCAAAUUCUUUCCUUCCAUAAGUGUAGCUUCAGCAGUUCUACCAACCGUUUCCAUGACAAAGUUGUCAGAUUUAGGAGACGGGUUAGAUCAUUAUAGACCCUAGCUCUUUCCCAACCACGCAUACUGUAUAGACAAGACUAUGACAUUUCUCGAGGCCUUCUAAAAUGGAUUGGAUGUUUUGUAAAAAAUGGACCGUGGAAUGUUUUCAAUUUGUUCUUCCACUUGUUGUCCACAUUUUUUUUGUUUACAGUCUGGGUUGUUUGUUUUGAGUGGAAUAAAUAUUGCCAAAUACACUCCGUAGAUGUGCUGUAUUUUAACAGAAAAUAAAACCGUUGUCCUAUUGUCUCAAACAUUUUAAACCUUCAUAAUGACAGAUUCCUGUUGAGUGCUGCUCUUUGUUGAGCUCUAGUCAUGGGCGGUUUUAUUCAUUUUCACUUUGCAAAGAUGGUCACACGUCAUCGCACUGUCGACAAGGAACUUGAAGUAACCACCUGUGAAGUUCUUCUGCUUCAAAUUAAUACCGCACGCAUCUCUGUACAAGUUAGCUAGUGUUCAGUCCUAGCACAUGAUUCAUGUUUAUUAAUUUGUGUGAAUUGAAUGACGUUCUAUAAAUUGGGAACAAAUCUUCUGACACCAACUGUGCUAUUAAACCCUGACAAAUUGAAAUGCUCCAGUAUUUUACGUGUUUGGCUCCAUUCAAGUUUAUGGUAUUCUUUUCCUUUCUUUGCAAUAUGCCCUAGAAGUGUGUUUCAACCGUGUCGCUGCCCAGGAGUGCAAGGCUGAACACUUUAUUAGAUAUUGGAUCAAAACUGUUUUGGUGGCGGGGAACAAGAGCACCUUUUAAUGCUCAGUGGGCAUUUAUCAAAAACCCUUUGUGCAGCCUAUUUGAUUCUAACAGCAUCACUACUGGCUAAGCAAUGUCACUAAAAGAGCAUGAAUGCCUGCUGAUAACAGUAACAAUGCUACUGUCAGUUAUGGUGUAGUAAACCAUGUACUCUUUUUUUGGUUAUAAUCAUGUGAUUUGAUUGUUAUGUAUCUUUCUUCACAAAAGUUACACUUCACUCACUGUAUUGUUAAACUAACACUAUGAAUAUCCUUUUGUUUAUUACCUCUACAGUUAACGCUACCUUAAUCUCCCUACAAGCCUAGCUUUUGUAAUUAAUGCUGAUAGCUUGUAUGUGCAACAUAUACUGAAAAAAAAGAUUAGAAUUGCAAGUUAUAUUUUUUGCUUAUUUACAAAAUGUAUUUGAACUACUAGAUCAGGGGUUAAGUACAUGUUGCUCAUCUGUAUUGUAUUCAGAUAUCAAGCUGUGGUAUAAUUCAAGCCAAUGUUGUGACUCUUUAGUUUUAUGGAUAAAAGCUAUUGUCACUUUUUGAAAAAGCCAAUAAAUUCAAGUAAAACCGAC